AUGAGUUUGAUAGAAAGGUGCAACACCACCAUCAACUAUACUUGUGAAGUGAACACCCUUGAGGGCGUGGCUUACAGUUCUGUGUUUCUCGUGGGUUUCCUUGUCAAUGCUGCUGCUCUACGUGCCUUCAUUGCCAAACGGGCCUCCUGGACAGACAACCACAUCUACAUGUUGAACCUCAAUAUAGCUGAUUUUACCCUCAUCCUCUUCCUUCCCUUUAGGAUCUAUGAUUCUUUCUACUGCCUGGAGAGAAAUGAAUUGUGUUCUUUCCUCAUGUUUAUUCAUUUCAUCAACAUGUAUGCCAGCAUCCUGACCACGACAGCCAUCAGUGUCCAGCGCUACCUGAUUAUAAGGUUCCCACUGCAGGCCAGAUCGUGGAGGAGGAAGAAACAGAUAGCUUUUGUUGUGUGUUUGCUCAUUUGGGGACUUCUGGUGAUAACAUAUUUUUCAUUACCAGACACGAUCACCUGUGACAAACUCUGGACGUGCUAUGAAAGAUGUAAAAAUGAACCACUUGAGGAAUCAUUUCUUGUCGUUCUUUUAUUGCUGGGCUUCUUCGGUCCACUGGUGACCAUUGUGUUCUGUUCCAGUCAGAUCAUCUGUAUUCUGUUAAAGGUGGAUGAAAAGUUAGCAGAAACGAAAAGCGUCGUUGCCAUAGUAACAGCAAACAUGAUUGUGUUCAUUGUCUGCUUCACACCCAUCCAUGUUGCCUUUCUUGUGAACUACUUUAAGAUCCCGCCUGCAGACUGGAUGAAAGGACCUCUAACAGCUAUACCUGAACACGUAUAUUUACUUGCAUCUGAAUGGAUUGCUACCACAAACUGCUGUUUUGAUUCCAUCAGCUAUUAUUUUUUAUUGAAACGGUUUUAUUCACAAAUCAGUUGCAGGAGUAGAGGAAUUACCCCUGUCACGCUAGAGAGCUAUUUGUAGACUCAAAAUAAAAAUGAUUGAUAUUUUUAAAGGAGCACUCCAUCAAUUUUUGGACAUGCAUUUAGUUUAUUCGUCAGUUUACUGUGUGUCUGCAGUCAGCUUCCCAAAGUUUGAAGUUUGAAAAUGUUACACAGACGAGGUGUCCGGUUUGAAACAAGAAGGCAUUCAGGAGAAAUGGAAAUUGCCUUGAAAGAUGCUGUUGUGUUGUAUUAUGGGACAUUUAGGAUCCAGCGUUUUGGAGACUGAAACAUUCUAGGGACUAAAAGUCAGAAUAUCUGCUACUUUGAUUUUUCUUUUUUCUGUGUCUCUUGUGGGUCCCCCAACUUUAUGGUGGUACAAUAAAAAAAUGCUGGAGUGCCCCUUUAAAUUAGCAGCAUACUAUAAGUAGGUAGCUUACUGAUUGCUGAUUUUUACUUUUUUUAUAAAACUCUUUUUUUAUGAUGCUUAUGAAAUGCAGGCUAUGUAUAAUGAUAAUGUAAAAAUGAACUUUUCAGCUCCCAAAUUGCUUGUCUGUAUUGUUAAUUUGUUAAUAUAGGUAUUGUGUUUAUUUUGAAAGUAUUAUUAUUAUUAUGUCUUGUUAUGGGCUGACAUUGUUAAUCAGUGUCAGAACAGAACUUAACUUUAUUACUUACAUCUGCCUUGUGGAAGUCAUCAAGUUGCUCUGUAAAAGUCUUAAUCUUUUUUAAAGAUGUUUUGCCUAUGUACAUGAAUACACACGCGUACGUGCUUGUGUGUGUAUUUUGAGAUAUAAAUACCUGUUA